CACGUUUUACUUCAAAUAAUUUUUGGAAUUACUUGUAUGAACUAAACUUAAACAGUUUUGGGCAGUUUCCUCAAACUGUUUGCAUUGAACUAGCUCAUGAGGAUUUACGGUCCGGCACAUUGUGUAUCAUAAGUGUGAUGAUUUGUUUUGUGUGUGUGGACAGUGUGCAAAACCUCACACCAACGGUGUCUGUGGACAUGCCAGAGGAGGCGCUGGUGCAGGAGCAGGAGAGAAUCAUCACCAUGUCCUACACUCUCGCCUCAGAGGCCUCCGUCAAAAGCAAAAUGGUUGCAGUUCCACCUCAGGCUAACCCUCCCGAACCUCCUUCCCUGUCUGCUUCUCUGCCUUCUCCUGUGCCACCUCCUCCUCCUCUGCCUCCUGUUUCGCUGGGGCCUCCUUCUCCUCUAAGCAACGGAAUUCACUACACAUUUGUCUAAUCUGACAGACAAAGUAAGGCCUAAAUGCAUGUUUAUGGUGCUCGUGGCCUCCUCGCUAAUGCGAGCAGGAUGCUUCUGUGCAUUUUUCACCUCUCUGCAUGCCUACAGCACUGCAACAAACACAUUUUUUGGAGUUCAGAAGCUCCGCCUCUGCUCCCAUUAUCAUCAAAACAAACAUCAGCAGGCAGUCAGCUCAUCAUACUGUGAUAAUUGUGUGUAAAUAGUUUUUUUUUUUCUUUUUUGUGUACCACUGCCAAAAUAUUUAUGGAGGGUUGAGAAAAGAAAAGGCUCAAAUGAACAUGACUGUAGCAUUGUGUGUAAUUAACAAAAGACACUCCCUUUGAUUUCACAACUUGACAGUUCAGUAGUCAGCACAGCUGCUUUUGCACAGCACCAAUUAGCUCACCAUCUGUAGCCUGGCAGCAAUAAGUCAGAAAAUAUGCUGCUGUUACUGCAGAAGAAUGCAUCAUCUUAUCACCUUGAUUAAAAUCAUACAUCAGAUAUGAUUAUUGAAAUUUAUUUCUAAACUU